AUGGCUGGAAACAGUGAACUUGGGGCAAUCGUGGACAUCGCUGGGGAUGGUGAUGUUAUUCUAGUUGUUGGGCCAGAAAACGUCAGACUACGUGUACGCUCGCUGACCAUGAAAGCAACUUCACAAGUCUUUUCUACCAUGCUAAGCCCGAGUUGGAAAGAAGGCCGUGAUCUACUCGAAAACGGGUCCACGGAGGUGCCCCUACCUAAAGACAAUGCGAUGGCAAUGAAGUAUAUCUGUGCUAUCAUACACUAUCGAAACGAUAUGGUGCCUGGUGCGAUAGCUUCCGAUGAUAUCCUCAAAGUUGCUGUUACGGCAGAUAAAUACAAUUUCAUUGAUGCCCUAAGAUUUGCGAGCGCAUCUUGGUUGUUGUAUUCUCAGGGUAUGGAAGCUAAUGACCUAAUGAACCUAACUGCGGCAGCAUACGCUUUCCAGAACGCACAAGCCUUCAGGGAUCUUACCAAAGCUUUGAUACUUGAUUACGGAGGCUCAUACAUUUCUCUUUUUACUGACAAUAUCGGGUCGGUAAUGGGCUGGAAAGUAUUCUGUUUUCUAGAAGAACAAAGGAACUCUGCGAGACUUAAACUAGGAGAUAUACUCAUCGGCGGAAUUACAAGCGGUGGAAUGUGUGUCCACAAGUGUGGGUGGACAAGCAAAUAUGCAUAUGCAUAUUUGGAAUUGCUCCGCCACCAAGGUCUUUGGCCAACGGGCCUAGUCACCAUCUCUAAGGCAAUAGAGCAAGCAGAGAGUAUUCCAGACCCGGUCCCCGAUGAACGGAGUGCUCCCUGUCAAUACGAUUACAAACAUGAGGUACCGGAGUUUAGAAAGGACCGUCAGUGGUCAAUACACCGCUUAAAAGAGCACACUGGGCUUUGCCUUCCCUGCGUUCGGAUGGGAAAGUCAAAGUUAACGUUCUGCGACGGAUCACAUUAG